CCCGUUUAGGGCAUAACAGGUCAGGGGUUACAGGAGAACGGAAGGGUCGGCUACAGUGAACUUUCUUAAGAAACGAUGCGGGAAGAAGACUCCUCCCCGAUGGACAGCGCGGGGAACAGCGAGGAGGAAACCGAGCGCCAGCUGCCGCGGAGAGGCGCGAGGAAGCGGCGGGCGGCACGACGGAGCACAGACGAGGAGGAGGAGGGCGAGCUGGAGAGCCCGAGCCCCGGGAAGAAGAAGGGGAGGAAGAGCGGCGGCGGCGGCGGCGGCAGCGCCGGGAGCGACGCCAGCAGCAGCCCCGCGCGCUCCUUGGACGACCUGCAGACGCAGCGCGUGAUGGCCAACGUCCGCGAGCGGCAACGGACGCAGUCCCUCAACGAUGCGUUCACGUCGUUACGUAAGAUCAUCCCUACCCUCCCGUCGGACAAACUAAGUAAGAUCCAGACGCUGAAGCUCGCGGCCCGGUACAUUGACUUCCUGUACCAAGUUCUGCAAAGCGACGAGUUGGACGCGCGAGGGACCAGUUGCAGCUACGUGGCGCACGAGCGGCUGAGCUACGCGUUCUCGGUGUGGAGGAUGGGGGGCGCGUGGUCCUUGUCCACCACGUCCCUCUAGCUGGGCUGCUGCAGAUGCAACGGCACGAUGAUCCAGACUGACGACCCUGUGGAUCAGUCCGACCCUGACAUGGACUCAAAUAGGCCCAAACGCUGUGCUUCAGGCCUCAGAGGAGAGUGGGCUUUUCAUAUUUCCCGUUGCACGGACAAUGAUAUUUGCAAGGGAGCACUUAAGAAAGGACGGAUAUGAAAAACGACCACUGCGACUAUGAAUGUUGUAAACAAAAAGACAAUGAGCUCCGAGGAGUUCUUCUGCUUUGAAACAAGAGAAAGAAAUGACAGUUAAUUCCGCAUUCCCUAUGACAAGAUUUUGCCGCAAAUGAAGUAUUUGUAUUUAUUUUUCUACACAGGUUCAAAUUUCCUUUCCCCGCUCUCCAAUAAAACCUAUUUAUUUUGGGAUAUCACAGAAUGCUGAAUGGAUCAGGAGU